UUCUAGACCAAUACCCAACUUAUGUCUGAAAAUGGCUGUUCAGACUUGACUCUCUGCUGAUCUUAUUUUCCAUCUCUCAGGGGAAUUCUACUUGUGGGUAUUAGGAAGUGGCAGUUGACUGGUAUUGCUGGGCAUUUAUUCUAGAUGGACUCGUGCAAUUGUAUUGAACCACAAUGGCCUCCUGAUGAUCUUUUAAUGAAAUAUCAGUAUAUAUCUGAUUUUUUCAUUGCACUUGCCUAUUUUUCAAUCCCGUUGGAGCUAAUUUACUUUGUUAAGAAAUCAGCUGUCUUCCCAUACAGAUGGGUGCUUGCUCAGUUUGGUGCUUUUAUUGUGCUUUGCGGAGCAACUCAUCUAAUUAAUUUAUGGACUUUCAGAAUACAUACUAAAACAGUUGAAGCAGUUAUGGCCAUUGCAAAGGGUUUAACUGCUGCUGUGUCUUGCGUGACUGCCCUUAUGCUUGUGCACAUUAUUCCUGAUUUAUUGAGCGUGAAAACGAGGGAAUUGUUUCUGAAAAAUAAGGCCGCAGAGCUUGACCGAGAGAUGGGCCUCAUCCGUACUCAAGAAGAAACAGGGAGACAUGUUAGGAUGUUGACUCAUGAGAUCAGAAGUACACUAGACAGACAUACAAUCCUUAAAACCACUCUUGUUGAGCUGGGGAGGACUUUAGCUCUUGAAGAGUGUGCUCUAUGGAUGCCCACUAGAACUGGGUUGGAACUUCAACUUGCUUACACACUCCGGCAACAAAACCCUGUUGGAUUUACUGUGCCCAUUCAACUUCCUGUAAUUAAUCAAGUAUUUAGCACUAAUCGUGCAGUGAAAAUCUCACCAAACUGCCCAGUGGCAAGAAUCCGGUCUAUAACAGGGAAGCACAUUCCUGGAGAGGUGGUUGCUGUGCGUGUUCCUCUUCUUCAUUUUUCUAACUUCCAAAUAAAUGAUUGGCCAGAGUUAUCAACAAAACGCUAUGCAUUGAUGGUUUUGAUGCUUCCUUCAGACAGUGCCAGGCAAUGGCAUUAUCACGAGUUAGAACUUGUUGAAGUUGUUGCAGAUCAGGUAGCAGUUGCUCUGUCUCAUGCCGCAAUUUUGGAGGAAUCAAUGAGAGCUCAACAGCAACUGUUGGAGCAAAAUGUUGCGCUUGAUUUGGCUCGAAGAGAAGCUGAGACUGCCAUCCGUGCUCGAAAUGACUUUUUGGCUGUGAUGAAUCAUGAAAUGAGGACUCCCAUGCAUGCAAUAAUAGCUCUUUCUUCCUUAUUGCAAGAGACUGGGUUAACUCCUGAGCAGCGAUUAAUGGUUGAGACAAUUCUUAAAAGCAGUAACCUUCUGGCAACUCUGAUAAAUGAUGUGUUGGACCUUUCACGACUUGAAGAUGGAAGUCUUAAGCUUGAUGAAGGAGUAUUCAAUCUCCAUUCUAUGUUUAGAGAGGUUCUUAAUCUGAUCAAGCCCAUAGCAUCUGUCAAGAAGUUGUUAAUUACAUCAUCUUUGGCACCUGAUGUGCCUGAGUUUGCUGUUGGUGAUGAAAAACGUCUAAUGCAAGUUCUCUUGAACAUUAUUGGUAAUGCUGUGAAGUUUACAAAAGAAGGAAGUGUCUCAAUUACUGCUGCAGUUGCUAAAAUAGAGUCUUUAAGGAAUCCUCGGACUCCUGAUUUUGUUCCAGUGAUUACAGAUGAUCAUUUCUAUUUGCAAGUGCAGGUAAAGGAUUCAGGACUUGGUAUCAAUCCACAAGAUAUUCCAAAACUCUUUACAAAAUUUGCUCAAGCUCAGACUCCUGCAAAUCGAAAUUCUAGUGGCAGUGGACUGGGACUUGCUAUUUGCAAAAGGUUUGUAAGUCUUACAGAAGGAAACAUCUGGAUUGAAAGUGAAGGUCUUGGCAAGGGAUGCACUGCUGUUUUUGUUGUUAAACUUGGAAGAGCUGAACGAUCCAAUGGAGCCUUGGAGCUAUUAGCACCCAAACCGUUUGUGAAUCCUGUCCAUUCAAGCUUUGGUGGCCUUAAAGUUCUUCUUAUGGAUGAGAGUGGGAUUUCACCUUGUGAUCUUUUUGAUGGACCUGCGUUCUUGCUGGACUUGCAGUCAGUUAACUUGGUUCUUGUGUUAGCCGAACAGUGACAAAAGGGCUCCUGAUGCAUCUUGGGUGCGAUGUGACAACGGUUGCAUCUAGCGAGGAAUGCUUGUUAGUUGUCUCUCGAGAACAUAAGGUGGUGUUUCUUGAUUUGUGUCUACCUGCAGCAAAUGGGUUAGAAGUUGCUGUUCAAAUACGAAAAAGUUUUACAAAGCAUUUUGAGAGACCACUUAUCGUGGCUCUCACUGGAAGCACAGACAAAAUGGCCCAAGAAAGUUGUAUCAGAGUUGGUAUGGAUGGUUUCGUAUUAAAGCCUGUAUCUGUUGAUAAAGUGAGAAAUGUUCUGUCCGAGCUCCUAGAAAGACGAAUGGUGUUUGAGACGCUAUGAUGAGCUGUAAAUUACCGGAAUCAGUGCUAAAACGAAAGGGAGAAUGCAUUGAAGAUUGUUGGCGUGACUGAUGUUGGUGCUUGGAGGUGUUGGUCUCGACUGGCAGUUCCAUGCACUCGAUUCGUGUAUAUAAACCACAGCGUGUGAGAGUAGCAAAACAACUGGUAUUAAGUGAAUACUGCUAUGGUCGACAUAGCGAUGAUGAUACGACUGCCUUUCUUGUUCUUUUGGCCAAAGGUAAGGCCUAUAGUUGGCACUCGUGUGUUGUCUACCAUUACUUGGCCUUCCGAUCAAGUGAAUACUUGUGAGCAGUGAGCUGUCGGGCUUUGUUUGAUGAAAUCUUCCCUACUCGACAGCGAUUGUAUGGCGACUCCAACAGAACUGUUGGAUCCCUCUUAUUUAUGCAGAAUGUGUUGAUAUUAUUUAUAUUUUGCUGCACCUUUGCUUGUGGGCUGUGGCUGUAAACUAAAUCAAGGCUCACUGAGUAGGACUAUAUAUAGCAGCGGUAUUUGUACAAUUUCAUGAAUCAUAACCUUCACUUAUCAGAAAAUUUAAAAUUGUUAAGAUUAUUUAUUAAAAAAAAAAGCCCAUAAUAAGAUACAUAUGAAUUUAUUUUCAUUUAUAAGCAUCUAAUUUUCAAAUCUGAGGGUAGGGAGCUGUUCGCACUUACUAACUGUGAACAUGUGUUGUGAUCCAAGAAAAAUCAAUGGGAUUGUUCGCAGUUAGUAAGUGUGAACAGAUUGUUGACUUUUUUUUUUGACCAAACGCUAUAUUCCCAUUUACUAAUUGGGAACAGAGGAGACCUAGUC